AAUUUUGGUAUCUGAAAGAUCAACACGAAAUUUAAAUUUUUCUCUGGAAAAAAUCUGAAUCAAUAUUACCACGUUAAGAUGUCCACUCUUGAUGACUUCUUUGCCAAGAAGGACAAGAUUGUUAAAAAAAAAAAAUCCAACUACCUGGCAACCGACGAGCUGUACAAAACGCUGGAGGAAUCGGCAAAGCUGUCCCAAGAUGCCUUUGUCAAUCCCGAAAAUGGUCGUGCUGGCGAUACUAUAAUGGAAGGACAAUCUGGAUCCAAGGAUCCUGCCAAGAAGCCACUGGAGUUUGGAAUACGUUUCUCGGACGAGGCCAUGGACGAGGACAACGAGUGGUCUGACUUCACUGAUGAGAAUCGCAGGCAGUAUACCCAUCUGCCCCGCUCCAUCCAGAUGACUUUUAGCUGUGGAUCUAUGGCUCCAUUUACUGUCACCGGUGAGGUGAAGGUGCAGAAGUCCGAGCAGCGCGAGUCUGCUGGCGAUGGACUCGACAUAGGCCAGGGCCCCAAGGAGGCCUUGGCCUUUUUUGCAUGCCCUUGGAAGUUAGACGGCCAAAUGUCCAAACCAUUGAUUCCACCAGGGGUGCCGCAGAACCCAGUGAAUCUGGAGAAGAUUGUCAAAGCCGAGAAGCCGUUGGAAGCCAAGCGCCAGGUCUAUGUACCACCAGCCCUGCGCCAUUGUCAGGGCGAUAUCAAUCCACGCCCCCAACCGGAGUCGCGUCUUCGCAAGGCCAUGUCUAGCUAUUCAGGGAAGCAACAGGCCCCAGAUCUGAGCAGCUCGGAGUACUUCCCAAGCCUCGGGGGCUCCCGUGGGCUGAAGCGCACCAAGUAAUCCAGCAUCGAACCAUUAUUCGUUUCCCUGUUUCUUCGAUGCUGAUGUUUUCUUGUUUGAUGUUUGAAUUAAAUGCGAUCAACUACUGGGGUAGGAGCUGCCCUUAAUAAAGAAACGAGCUACACCGCUCCCCCCAACAUA